ACUAGGGCAGCCGGGGUAGCAGGAGGCAGGGCGGGAGCGCCAUGCAGCUUGGAGCUCCUCACCUCCAUUGGACGUGUGUGCCUCCCUUCUGCAGCAGCAGGACGCUCGCUCUGCGCCCGCCGGGGCCGGCCGGCACCUGCAGCUCGGGCCGCACCCCCACCCGCACCCUUCACGCACCCCCUCCGCUGAGCUUGGCAGCAGGUGCCUUCUCUUGGGAGAUCGCUUCGCAUUAACUUUCCCAUCUGACAUAAUAAUAAUGGAGAGAAAAUGAAGAGAUCCCAUUAGCGGCUGGCUGGCAGGCGGGCGGCCGGGAAAGCGAGGAGCGAGCGCAGGGUCCCCGCGCGCCGGAGCGGAGCGGAGCGGAGGGAGCCUGUAUUUUUAGCCAGAUGCCGCGGAACUUGCUGGCGCUCCCCGCGCCGCCCAGCAGAUAACGGGGGAGGGGGAGCUCGGAUUUCAGCGCGGGCGCCGGACGAUGGCAGCGAGACAGGGCAGGUCCGGGCCAGACCCUGCGGCUGAUGCUGCUACCAGCUUUCUGAGGGCAGCACGAUCAGGUAACUUGGACAAAGCUUUGGAUCAUCUGCGGAAUGGGGUGGAUAUUAACACCUGUAACCAGAAUGGGUUGAAUGGCUUGCAUCUUGCCUCCAAAGAAGGUCAUGUGAAAAUGGUGGUUGAACUUCUGCACAAAGAAAUCAUUCUAGAAACGACAACCAAGAAAGGAAACACAGCUCUGCACAUCGCUGCCCUCGCGGGUCAGGAUGAGGUGGUCCGGGAGCUGGUCAACUAUGGCGCCAAUGUCAAUGCUCAGUCACAGAAAGGCUUUACACCCCUGUACAUGGCAGCACAAGAAAACCAUUUGGAAGUGGUGAAGUUUUUACUGGAAAAUGGAGCUAAUCAGAAUGUAGCCACAGAAGAUGGCUUCACUCCUCUGGCCGUGGCUCUGCAGCAGGGCCAUGAGAACGUGGUGGCACACCUCAUCAACUACGGGACGAAAGGGAAAGUGCGCCUCCCGGCCCUGCACAUCGCAGCCCGCAACGAUGACACGCGCACAGCUGCCGUGCUUCUGCAGAAUGACCCCAACCCAGAUGUCCUUUCCAAGACGGGAUUUACCCCCCUCCACAUCGCAGCUCACUACGAGAACCUCAACGUGGCCCAGUUACUCCUCAACAGGGGAGCCAGUGUCAACUUCACGCCACAGAACGGUAUCACACCACUGCACAUCGCCUCCCGCAGGGGGAACGUGAUCAUGGUGCGACUCCUGCUGGACCGGGGAGCCCAGAUAGAAACAAGGACCAAGGACGAAUUGACACCUCUCCACUGUGCAGCUCGAAAUGGGCACGUGCGAAUCUCAGAGAUCCUGUUGGACCAUGGGGCACCCAUCCAAGCCAAAACCAAGAAUGGCUUGUCCCCAAUUCACAUGGCGGCUCAGGGAGACCACCUCGACUGUGUCCGACUUCUAUUGCAAUACAAUGCGGAGAUAGACGACAUCACCCUGGACCACCUGACCCCACUCCAUGUCGCAGCCCACUGUGGCCAUCACAGGGUGGCCAAGGUCCUUUUGGAUAAAGGAGCCAAACCAAACUCCAGAGCCCUGAAUGGCUUUACCCCCUUACACAUCGCCUGCAAGAAGAACCACAUCCGUGUUAUGGAGCUGCUGCUGAAGACAGGAGCCUCCAUUGAUGCGGUCACCGAGUCUGGCCUGACGCCUCUCCACGUGGCUUCCUUCAUGGGGCACCUUCCCAUAGUGAAGAACCUCCUGCAGCGGGGGGCAUCACCCAAUGUCUCCAACGUGAAAGUAGAAACUCCACUGCACAUGGCAGCCAGAGCAGGGCACACAGAAGUGGCCAAAUACCUGCUCCAGAAUAAAGCCAAAGUCAACGCUAAGGCCAAGGAUGACCAGACCCCACUUCACUGUGCAGCUCGCAUCGGCCACACAAACAUGGUGAAGCUCCUCUUAGAAAACAAUGCCAAUCCCAACCUGGCUACUACUGCCGGGCACACGCCCCUGCACACUGCGGCCCGAGAGGGCCAUGUGGAUACAGCCCUGGCCCUUCUGGAAAAGGAGGCGUCCCAGACCUGCAUGACCAAGAAAGGAUUUACCCCUCUCCACGUGGCGGCUAAGUACGGGAAAGUCAGGGUGGCAGAGCUGCUGCUGGAACGAGAGGCACACCCCAACGCUGCCGGGAAGAAUGGCUUGACUCCCCUACAUGUGGCCGUUCAUCACAAUAACCUGGAGAUCGUCAAGCUACUGCUGCCCCGGGGUGGCUCCCCACACAGUCCCGCCUGGAAUGGCUACACCCCUUUGCACAUCGCUGCCAAGCAGAACCAGAUGGAGGUGGCCCGAAGUCUGUUGCAGUAUGGGGGGUCUGCAAAUGCAGAGUCGGUGCAAGGUGUGACUCCCCUUCACCUGGCCGCCCAAGAAGGUCACGCAGAGAUGGUGGCUCUGCUCUUCUCGAAACAAGCCAAUGGCAACCUGGGGAACAAGAGUGGACUCACUCCUCUCCAUCUGGUAGCACAAGAAGGCCACGUUCCAGUGGCAGAUGUGCUCAUCAAACACGGUGUCACAGUGGAUUCCACUACCCGGAUGGGUUACACUCCACUGCACGUGGCCAGUCAUUAUGGAAAUAUCAAGCUGGUGAAGUUUCUGCUACAACACCAGGCAGAUGUCAAUGCCAAGACCAAGCUAGGAUACAGCCCCUUGCACCAGGCGGCCCAACAAGGACAUACCGACAUUGUGACUUUGCUACUGAAAAAUGGCGCUUCCCCAAACGAGGUCAGCUCGAAUGGAACCACACCCCUGGCAAUAGCCAAGCGUUUGGGCUACAUUUCCGUAACAGACGUGCUCAAAGUUGUCACAGACGAAACCAGUGUAGCGCUAGUCAGUGACAAGCACCGCAUGAGUUACCCUGAGACAGUGGAUGAGAUCCUGGAUGUCUCUGAAGAUGAAGGAACCGCUCACAUAUCUAUAAUGGGGGAAGAACUUGUUGGCUCCAAGGCUGAGAAGCCGGAUUCCAGGGACUUGGAUGAAGAGAAAGAGCUGUUGGAUUUUGUGCCGAAGUUCGACCAAGUGGUGGAAUCUCCAGCCAUCCCGAGGAUUCCUUGUGUCACACCUGAGACAGUGGUGAUCAGAUCUGAAGAGCCAGAACAGGCAUCUAAAGAAUAUGAUGAAGACUCACUCAUCCCCAGCAGCCCCGCCACAGAGACCUCAGACAACAUCAGCCCAGUGGCCAGCCCCGUCCACACAGGGUUUCUGGUGAGCUUCAUGGUCGAUGCCCGGGGAGGCUCCAUGAGAGGAAGUCGCCACAACGGCCUGAGGGUGGUGAUCCCUCCGAGGACCUGUGCGGCACCCACACGUAUCACCUGUCGCCUGGUCAAGCCCCAGAAGUUGAGCACGCCGCCCCCGCUGGGUGAGGAGGAGGGCCUGGCCAGCAGGAUCAUUGCGCUGGGGCCCACAGGGGCCCAGUUCCUGAGCCCUGUGAUUGUGGAGAUCCCCCACUUUGCCUCCCAUGGUCGUGGGGACCGCGAGCUUGUGGUUCUGAGGAGUGAAAAUGGCUCUCUGUGGAAGGAACACAAGAGCCGCUCUGCAGAAAGCUACCUGCAACAGAUCCUCAAUGGGAUGGAUGAAGAGCUGGGGAGCCUAGAGGAGCUGGAGAAGAAGAGGGUCUGCCGCAUCAUCACCACGGACUUCCCCUUGUACUUUGUGAUCAUGUCGCGGCUCUGCCAGGACUAUGACACCAUUGGCCCUGAAGGUGGCUCUCUGAAGAGCAAGCUGGUGCCCCUGGUGCAGGCAACGUUCCCAGCAAAUGCUGUCACCAAGAAAGUGAAGCUGGCUCUGCAGGCCCAGCCUGUCCCAGAUGAGCUAGUCACCAAGCUCCUGGGCAACCAGGCCACGUUCAGCCCCAUUGUCACGGUGGAGCCGAGACGCCGCAAGUUCCAUCGUCCCAUUGGGCUUCGGAUCCCACUCCCUCCUUCUUGGACUGACAACCCAAGGGACAGUGGGGAGGGAGACACCACCAGCCUGCGCCUGCUCUGUAGCGUCAUUGGCGGAACUGACCGAGCCCAGUGGGAAGAUAUAACGGGAACAACCAAGCUUGUGUAUGCCAACGAGUGUGCCAACUUUACCACCAAUGUCUCUGCCAGGUUUUGGCUGUCGGACUGUCCUCGGACUGCUGAGGCCGUGAACUUUGCCACUCUGUUAUACAAAGAGCUUACCGCAGUGCCCUACAUGGCCAAGUUUGUCAUCUUUGCCAAAAUGAAUGACCCCCGGGAAGGGCGGCUGCGUUGCUACUGCAUGACAGACGACAAAGUGGACAAGACCCUGGAGCAGCAUGAGAACUUCGUGGAGGUGGCCCGGAGCAGGGACAUAGAGGUUUUGGAAGGAAUGCCCCUUUUCGCAGAACUUUCUGGAAACCUGGUACCUGUAAAGAAAGCUGCCCAACAGCGGAGCUUCCACUUCCAGUCAUUUCGGGAGAACCGUUUGGCCAUACCUGUAAAGGUGAGGGACAGCAGUCGAGAACCAGGAGGGUUCUUGUCAUUUCUGCGCAAGGCGAUGAAAUACGAGGACACCCAGCACAUCCUCUGCCACUUGAACAUCACCAUGCCCCCCUGCACCAAGGGGAGCGGAGCAGAAGAUAGGCGAAGGACCUUGACUCCCCUGUCCCUGAGAUACAGCAUUCUCAGUGAAUCAACACCAGGUUUUCUCAGUGGGACAGACCGAGCAGAUAUGAAGAUGGCUAUUAUAUCAGAACACCUUGGCCUCAGCUGGGCAGAGUUGGCCCGAGAGCUGCAGUUCAGUGUGGAGGACAUCAACAGGAUCCGUGUAGAAAACCCUAACUCCUUGUUGGAGCAGAGCACAGCCUUGUUGAACCUCUGGAUCGUCCGUGAAGGCGAAAACGCAAAAAUGGAGAAUCUGUACACAGCUUUGCGGAACAUUGACCGCAGUGAGAUAGUGAACAUGUUGGAGGGCUCAGGCAGACAGAGCCGCAAUCUGAAGCCAGACCGCCGGCACGCGGACCGGGACUACUCAUUGUCACCCUCCCAGAUGAAUGGUUACUCCUCGCUGCAGGACGAGCUGCUGUCCCCUGCCUCCCUGCACUACGCGCUCCCCUCUCCGCUGCGUGCAGACCAGUACUGGAACGAGGUGGCCGUCAUAGACGCCAUCCCCUUGGCGGCCACGGAGCAUGACACCAUGUUGGAGAUGUCUGACAUGCAGGUGUGGUCCGCGGGCCUCACGCCCUCCCUGGUCACUGCUGAGGACUCCUCUCUGGAGUGCAGCAAGGCCGAGGACUCUGAUGCCACCGGCCACGAGUGGAAGUUGGAGGGGGCGCUCUCAGAGGAACCGCGGGGCCCGGAGCUGGGCUCUCUGGACCUUGUGGAGGACGACACAGUGGAUUCAGAUGCCACAAAUGGCCUUAUCGAUAUUCUUGACCAGGAGGAAGGUCAGAGGUCAGAAGAGAAGCUGCCAGGUUAUAAGAGGCAGGAGGACUCGACAGGUGCAGGGCAGGAUUCAGAGAAUGAAGUGUCUCUUGUUUCAGGCCAGCAGAGGGUGCAAGCCCGAAUCACAGACUCGCCCCAUGUGAGUCAGGUGCUGGAGAGGAGCCAGGACAGACCACACGACUGGGAAAGAGAAGGCUCCAUAGUCACAUACCUGCAAGAUGCUGCCCAAAGCUCCUGGCAAGAGGAGGUCACGCAAGGCCCACACUCAUUCCAGAGAACCAUCACCACUGUCAGAGGGCUGGAGCCCAGCGGGUCUCAGGAGUAUGAGCACGUGCGGAUGGAGCAGCCAGAGGCGGGGAGCUCCCAGGCAGACAGGGAACAGAGCCAACAGGGCCACACGGAGUGGUCGCAGGCGGCCGGGAGCAUCUUCUCCCAGGUGAUGCAGGGAAAUGAGCUUCAGAAUAUUCCAGGGGAGCAGGUGACAGAGGAACAAUUCACAGAUGAGCAGGGCAACAUUGUCACCAAGAAGAUCGUUCGCAAAGUUGUCCGGCAGAUAGACUCGUCUGGUGCUGAUGACACCCAGGAGCACCAGGAGGUGGAGCUGAGAGGGAGUGGCCUGCACCCGGACCUUAUAGAGGGCAGAAAGGGGGCUCAGAUAGUGAAGCGGGCCAGCCUGAAAAGGGGCAAACAGUGAUCUCCAGUCUCUCCUCGGAGUAGCCUCUUGGGAGGAUCACACCUCAACACCCAACCCCUGAACUCCACACACUCUGCCAUGCACACAGGAGGAGAGCUGGACCGGAGGGCUACAGAAGCGCUGCACAUGUUCCUCUAGGCUCACAGCACGAUCUCUGUAAGGGACUUCCUUUAGUCUCCUAUUCGCAUGAACGACUGACUGACUGUAGACGCAUGACCUACAGUCUUCAAUCCUGCCUCCGUCGACUACGGAUCUCUGUCGGGAAUCAGGGCAAAAGCAGCAAGAGGGGAGAGGAGAGAGAGAGGACAGAAAACAAGUACGAAAGAGAGCAUAUGGAUGCAAACGUGAAUAAGGGCUCUUUUGUGGCUGGGGAUGGUUUUUGUUUUUGUUUUUUAAAAAAAUUGUUUUGAUUUUGACUUCGUACAGGGUAUUUUUUUCCCCCAACCUCAUCUGUGAGAAAUCCAUGUGGGCUUUUUGGAAAGGAAAAAAAGAGAGAGAGACGGGGGAGAAAAAGAAGAAAAAAGAAAACUAGGCAUGAAAUCAGUUUAAGUAUCUUCAUCCCAUGGCCUCAUCUGCUAACCAUCCCCACCUACACACACCACCUCCAUUCCAUUCAACCCCUCUACUCCCCAGUGGAUUGCUCCUUCCAGAAUGCUCUCCAUGACAUUCAGGGGACACACACACACACACACACACACACACACACACACACACACACACACCUUCUCUUCACUCUGUCUACACACUGAUUUUACUGUGACCUCUGAAACUGUAUAGAAUCUCCUGUGGAUAAACUGGAUUUUUUUUUAUGUUUCUCUCUCUCUCUCUCUCUCUCUCUCUCUCUCUCUCUCUCUCUCUCUGCCAGUUUCAAUAUUAAUCAUCUUCCAAUGGAAAAUCAUCACCUUGAGAGUGCAUUCAGGGUUCCUUGUGUUAGGGACUUAAGAAUUGGAGGCGAGGACCCCAGGCUUAGCUAUAGGGCUCAAAGGGAGCCAGUGACCCAUCCUAAAGGUCUCAGCUGGGGAAGGGCCAGUGGCUGCCCCAGGGUCGCACCAGCAUGUCCAAUAGAGAAGAGGUUUUCUAUAUCUUCAAGCACUUCUAUCAUAGUCUGUGUUCAAAGUGUAAACUGUACAGUAAUCAGCCUUGUGUAUAUGAAAAACAAUAAAUACUAUGCAAACCAAUAGAAACACUUUAGCAGUAUGUACCAAGCACUAACAGCUCAGCUCCUGAGGACUUCUCCAGGCUGCGGGAGAAGGAGCUACAGGCUGUCUUUCAGUGAAAGAGGAAGGAAGGAAGUAGGGCUAGUGAAUGUAUCUGCCAGUUCUAGAUGUCAGGACCACCCUAAGGUCUCCCAGAGCCAACUUGGUGCUCGAAGUCCAGGCAGCCCGCAGGCUGGAGGUACAGGCUCUAGGUUCCAGGCUGGCCAGCCCCAGUGCCUCCCCUUCGCAAGGCUCCUGACCACGUGCCCAGUGGGAGGAGAGCCUAAGGAGGAUGGAGCUGCUGACCACCAAGAGACUCCGGGCUGGCCAAGAGACCCUUCAAAGCCAGGCUCUGGGUCAGGGCAGGAAGGAAAUCGACAGCUGGCUGUUCCUCGCCUCGGUGCCAUCAGGGAAGAGCCUUAAAGUUAUACUAGAGCCUCCGGCAGAGGGAGGCCCGAAUCAGCACAAUCCGGCCCCGUCCUUGCCCGGGCGGGCGCCCUCUAGGGCCAGGAGAGAGACUCUGGUAGGCUCUUCUCCUCUCAAAGAGCCACUGUGGCGGAUGUCCAGUCACCUUCCUCCCCUGCCUCUCUUCGAAGGUGUCCCCUGGGCACAUUUAAACCUUCCAAGUAGCACAGAAGCGCCCUCAAUGUCAAGAGACCCCAAGGCUCUGGAGACAGAUGGCAAAGGUCUCGGGCGGAACGGGGACAACCGGGCCUCCGCCGUCUGGCCCGGUGGUGCCCUACCCGGGCCAAGUGCGGUCGACUCGAGGGCCGCGUCCCGGAUGGGCCGAGGCACUCGGGUCCGUCCGGGGCGGGGUUUGCUUUUGCUCUCCCAGUGGGGCGGGCAGGGGAGAGGAAGUGCCAACUCCUGGCCCCAUUUCUCGCCGAGGGCUGCGUCUGAGCAGCUGCAGGCUCGCAGCCCCCUCUUGCGUGGUGCGAGACCCAACGCUGCUCGGACGCGGGCACCGGGGCGCAGCGGUGGCCGCCAACGCCCCGCCCCGCCGCAGCGCCGCGCCGCGCCGCGAAGCAGAGGCGCCCCGGCUCCCGGCCUGCGGCAGGAGAGGCCAGGCAGCGCGGCCAGGGACCGAUUCCGUGAAGGCUCAAGGAAGACAGGCGCAGGGCUCGCCUCCUCCGCCUCGAUCCUGUCCCUUCCUCUCCCGGGUCGCCGCUGCAGCUGAACCCAGUAGCCCCUCUUAGCGCCCCGCGUGGGCCCCGCGGCUCCAGGCUCUGCUUUGGCACCUUCCGCUCCGUCUGGCAUGGCUGCUUGGCCCGCCGGCCCCAGGCCCUCGGUGGCAUGGCUGCACGCUCCCGAUGCUAGUAGGAGCUGUUUAGGGGAGGAGUUUGGGGUCUCCACAUGAUGCCUAGAGAAUGCUGCAGUCUGCACAUUAGACGCUUUUUAGAAGUUUUGAAAUUACCUUGAUUUUUUUAAUUGUUAUGAAAAACAAAUCAUUUCUUGACUCUCCCAUGCUCUGUUACUGGGAGAGUAUGCCCCCUCCCCGACUCUAAUGUAUAGACCAUUCUCCCUACACCAGCUGAACAGAUGUCAAAAUUAAUAAAGAAAUUGACUCAUGA